ACAUCCUGGAUAUUAGAGCCUGGCGGCGCACACGGCUACAGAAAUAAGGAGGAACGAAGACAUAGGAGAGGCGGUGGUGGCAUUUGCCAAUGUUUCAGUGCAUAGAAGCAAGGACAUAAACGUGAGCCUGGCAACUUUUAGGCAUAUUAGUUGGGGAUUUACGGUCUAUGGCUCCGAUUUAUCCCGAGGCACCGACAAGGUGAUGCAGCAGCUGCAGGACGGGAUCAGUCCUCUACACGGCUGCCAGCUGAAUGCCUUUACUGGAUGAAAAAGGCGCAGCACACGUCCAGCGCAGGCCGGCUUGAUAUUUUAUUAAAAAGGGCAUUAUGUAGAGAGGAUCCCCCAGCGGUUGCGAUACACCCGUGGUUUACUUUCAAUAUUGUAUCGGCUCUCGAUAUCGUUCUCCGGUUCAGAGACGCUACCACGGCAUCAACCAGAAUCAGGCCUGUGCUGAAACAACGUCCGCGCGUUCCGCGAUAUUUACGGAACGCUUGAUGAUGAUGUGACGGGAACUUUUAUCGUUAACACGCAGAAGGAAAGCUCUUAGAGCUGUAACAUUGUGUUCACCUUCCGGUCUGUUAGUUUUGUUUAUGUUUUCCUAGGUUGCGUUACUAUUUAGUCAUAUCAAACUGUUGUUGUUGUUGUUGUUUUUUGUUUAAGAUAAAGACGAAUUCCUAGUUUAAGAUAAAUAAGCCUUACGCGCGGUGACGGCGGACUCACCGUUUAUCGUGAAGAUAACGACUUGACCCAACCCGCCUCGACACCGAGAAGCGUUUGGAUCGAGGAUCAUGGAUCAGAAUGAUAAAAAGACCCUCACGAACAAGUGGAAUCAGUUGUGAUCUACAGGACAACUCAAUUUCUAUGAUAAGAAGACAUUUGGCAGUACAACUCUCUUUUACCGCAAUGAGAUAAUACUGUGGCUUACACAAAAACAACCUUGACACUUAUCCCACCAUAUUCCAGUUCAUCAUCAAAAUAUGACCACGCCGGCUCUAUUGCCACUCUCGGGACGUAGGAUACCUACCCUCUCGCCAGGUGCCUCCUCAUUCCCCCAUCACAGAGCCACCUUACGGCUCUCCGAGAAGUUCAUCCUCCUCCUCAUCCUCAGUGCCUUCAUCACCCUGUGCUUCGGAGCGUUUUUCUUCCUUCCGGACAAUUCCAAACACAAGCGCUUUGACUUUGGCUUGGAGGACGUGUUGAUACCGCACAUCGAGUCAGAGAAGGAGGCCAGGCACAGCGGUAGACAGGUCAUACAUGGCGUGGGAGCUCACGACGAGCAUCGGCACAGGGAGGAAGAGGAGAGUCUUCGUGACAAGAUCCGGGCAGAUCAUGAGCGGGCACUGCAGGAAGCCAAGGAAAAGCUCCGCAAAUCCAAAGAGGAGCUGAAGGCUGAGAUCCAAACAGAGAAGACCAAGGUAGCUGAGGACUUGAAAAAGAGAGACGGUCCCAAACCACUGCCUCCAGUACCCAUGCCCAAACUGGUAGGGGUCAAUGAUGGUGACCCAGGGGAUCCUGACACCAAGGAAAAGAGGGACAAAAUCAGAGAGAUGAUGAAACAUGCGUGGGACAGCUACAGGCAAUAUGGCUGGGGCCACAACGAGCUCAAACCCCUCGCCAAGAAAGGACAUUCCACUAAUAUCUUCGGUAAUUCCCAGAUGGGAGCCACUAUAGUUGACGCCCUGGAUACCCUUUACAUAAUGGGCCUCCACAACGAGUUUAAGGACGGCCAGGAGUGGAUCGAGCAAAACCUGGAUUUCAGUGUGAAUGCGGAAGUCUCUGUCUUUGAAGUCAACAUCCGCUUCAUUGGUGGGCUUCUGGCUGCAUACUACCUCUCCGGACAGGAGGUUUUUAAGGUAAAAGCUGUCCAGCUGGCAGAAAAGCUGCUUCCUGCCUUCAACACCCCAACAGGCAUCCCUUGGGCCAUGGUCAAUUUGAAGAGUGGAGUGGGUCGUAACUGGGGCUGGGCGUCAGCUGGAAGCAGUAUUCUAGCAGAGUUUGGGACGCUGCACAUGGAGUUUGUGCACCUGACAUAUCUGACAGGAAACCCUGCCUACUAUCAGAAGGUGAUGCACAUACGGAAGCUGCUGGCUAAGAUGGACAGACCCAAUGGGCUUUACCCCAACUACCUGAAUCCUCGUACAGGACGCUGGGGCCAGCAUCACACAUCUGUAGGUGGAUUAGGUGAUAGUUUCUAUGAAUACCUGUUGAAGGCCUGGCUAAUGUCUGACAAAACCGACACAGAGGCACGCAAAACCUAUGACGAUGCCAUCGAGGCUAUCGAGCGCCACCUCAUCCGUAAGUCCAACGGCGGUCUUACUUUCAUCGGGGAGUGGAAAAAUGGCCACUUGGAGCGUAAGAUGGGUCACCUGACUUGCUUUGCUGGGGGCAUGUUUGCCCUCGGGGCUGAUGGGUCGCCAGAUGAUAAAGCUGGGCACUAUUUGCAGCUCGGAGCAGAGAUUGCUCACACCUGCCAUGAAAGCUACGAUCGCACUGUACUGAAGCUCGGUCCAGAGGCCUUUAAGUUCGACAGCGGGCUGGAGGCCGUGGCUGUGAGACAGAACGAGAAGUACUACAUCCUGAGGCCUGAGGUCAUCGAGACAUACUGGUACAUGUGGAGAUUUACCCACGACCCCAAAUACAGGCAGUGGGGCUGGGAAGCAGCGCAGGCUAUAGAUAAAUACUGUCGAGUCAGCGGAGGUUUCUCUGGUGUUAAAGACGUCUACUCCUCCAACCCCACCUACGAUGACGUCCAGCAAAGUUUCUUUCUGGCUGAAACUCUCAAGUAUCUAUAUCUGCUUUUCUCUGGCGAUGAGCUGCUGCCUCUUGAGAACUGGGUGUUCAACACGGAGGCCCACCCUCUGCCCGUCCUGCACCUGGGCAACAUCACCCUGCCUGGCAGCGAGACCCAGCGGUAGAGCGGACGCACCGGGGGGCGCUCUCCCCCUCACUCGCCCCUUUUCUAUACGCCUCCCUCCUUGUGAAAGACAGCAGCUGCUAGUGCAAAGGAGAGGAGAGAACUGUACCCACCAACCACUGUCUCCUCCUGGACUGUGAAUCAUGGGACUUCAGUGACCGGAGGAGACCGAACUCUCUUUAUCUGUGUCUCUCAUAUAUUCUCUGAAGGACAGACUGUCGGAUUGAUCAUGUGCGUCUCUCUCUUGUGGCCGCUGAUCUGACACACUGUACUCACAUUUGCGGACAUAAAGACCUUCUGAAAUGGAUGUGCAUUUCUCACCAAGGAAGGAUUUUAACAAGUUCGUUCUUUUUUUUUCUUUUUUUUUUUCCCCCUCCAAUUUGGCAGUGUUUCAUGUCAUCAGCUCAGCACUAAAUCGCUUCAAAAUGGUGGAUAAAUAGACCAGAGCCUUUCACUUUCUGAGUUGGGCUCCUGGAGACAGCAGAUGUUGGAUUUGACCACCUGUGAAAUCUUUCUCCAGCUGAGGUUGAAUUUAGGCCACAGGCACCCAGGGAUGUUCUUUUCUCCGGGAUUUCACUUCAAACAGUCUCCCCGAUGUCUCUGUUAAGGUUAGCGAGUAAAAAACAGACAUGUGCUGCUAUCGAACAGCUGCUGCCUGUGAGACAGUCACCACCGUCAUUCCAGAAACCUGCACUUUUCUGUCUCUCCAUUCCUCUUUCUUUUCAUCCUUUCUGAAUGCUCAAUUUCAUUCAUACUGCUUUCUGAAACAUGGAUCGGUUUUUGCCAUAUAUUGAAUCAGUAACACUUGAAGCAGCAGCAGCUGUAACUUGUGGAGAGACGUCGCAGUGCUUCAGAUGCUUAUUCUCACGGCCAUCACCAUUUGUUUUCAACUGUCGAUGGUGAUGGUCACUCUGUUAGACCAGACCAGAUUUUUUUCAACUGCAGAGUUUUACCACUAAUCGUAGCCAACGAGAUAGAGAUUUAUAAAUAUAUAUAAAUAUGGGGGUUAGGGUUCAGAAAAUACACUGUGUGUGCUCUGUACAAGAAACCCAGAGUAAAUGAAACAAAAAAAAAAAAAAAACAGUGCAAAGAUUUUGAAUACAGUUGCAUAAUUACAAAGCCCAUGAUGUAGUAUGUUUUAGGCUUGGGUAUACUCCUAAACUGAGUUCAAAGACUUUUCUUGUCAUUCCUGUUUCUGUUCUUUAAAGUCAAACGCAUAUCUCUGAAUAUUUCAUGUGAGUUUUAACAUGACUUGUUCCGUGAAUGUUUCUGUCCUGGGCUGUAAACCCUGAGAACCGGUGGUGGCAGACAGAAACAGAUUCCUGAUAUUAGAUGAUUCACUUCGAGUUUGAUCAAACAGCUAAUCAUAUUGAAGUUUUUUUAUUAUUAUUAUUAUUAUUAUUAUUAUUAUUUUGUUUUUUUGGUUUGUUUUAUUUGACCUUUAAUGAAUAUUUAUUCAUUCUGUUGAGAAGACGUGUUCAGCCUUAUGCUCUUCGAUGUUUGUUUGUUUGUUGUAAUCUUCUAUCGUGUGAAAUGGCACAUCCGCAGAAUAUUUCAUGUACUUGAUCGGAGAAGGAAAAGUUUAUUAUUUUCUCAUGAAGAAUCUGUUUGAGAAUCAGUCUUUCAAAAAGACUUGAGCACCUCUGGGUGUCAUCGAAGGGUAUUUCUCUUUCUAUCCUGUCGUUUCAGUUCUUCAGUUUCUAAACCACAUCCUCUCCUCCCCUCUAGAUGGCAGAAGUGGUGUCCCAUUUUCUUUUUUCCCCAGUAACAUGACUUUGACUAAUAAUGAGUGAAGCCCAGGCCAACAGUUUUCCCUGGUGCUGCUGGGUGGGUUUCGAUAAUGCUGUGUUCUGUAUUUGUAUUUUUACUGAACAAAAAAAAAA